GUUAAAGAGCCACUAGCAGGAGGAAGCAACGUGCAGCUGGCAUCUAUAUUAGAGCUGCACUUACUGCACCCCUGCCCAGCGGCAGAUCAGCGCUGCCCUCUCCUCUCACCAUGCUGCUGGCACUCCCUAGGACACCCUGCAUGAAGAACUGAGAAGCUGCGUCUGCCUGCUGGACCUGGGGCUUGGUGCCUGGCUUCUUGCUCUCACAUCUCCAGGAGAUAGGGAAUGCUAUCUCCACCUCUGCGUCAAUGUUUCACUGGAACAAGUGGAAGAAAAGGAUGGGAGCUAACACUUCCUCCAAAAGGCCAGUGUUUGAUGAGAAGGAGGAUGUGAACUUGGAUCAUUUUCAGAUUCUCCGGGCAAUUGGCAAAGGAAGCUUUGGCAAGGUUUGUAUUGUCCAGAAGAAGGACACUGAAACAAUGUAUGCCAUGAAGUACAUGAAUAAGCAGCAGUGCAUUGAGAGGGAUGAAGUACGGAACGUCUUCAGAGAGUUGGAAAUCAUGCAGGAAAUCGAGCACGUUUUUUUAGUCAACCUUUGGUAUUCAUUCCAAGACGAGGAGGAUAUGUUCAUGGUUGUAGACUUACUCUUGGGCGGAGACCUCCGGUAUCAUCUACAGCAAAAUGUUCAGUUUACAGAGGAGACGGUGAAGCUGUACAUCUGUGAAAUGGGCUUAGCUUUAGAUUACCUAAGAAGUCAACAUAUAAUCCACAGAGACGUGAAGCCAGACAACAUCCUUCUGGAUGAACAAGGCCACGCUCAUCUCACCGACUUCAAUGUUGCCACGAUUAUCAAAGACGGUGAAAGAGCUACUGCACUUGCCGGGACCAAACCAUACAUGGCCCCAGAGAUAUUUCAGUCCUUCGUCAAUGGAGGAACCGGCUACUCAUUCGAGGUUGACUGGUGGUCACUAGGAGUUAUGUCCUUUGAGCUACUAAGAGGAUGGAGGCCGUACGACAUCCAUUCAAGUAACCCAGUGGAAUCUCUCGUCCAGUUGUUUAGCACCAUCACCGUUCAGUACUCGUCGGUCUGGUCGAAAGAUAUGAUCGCACUUUUGCGGAAGCUAUUGACUGUGAACCCGGAACAUCGCUGUUCUUGUCUCCUGGAUAUUCAGACAUCGGCGUACCUAGCAGAUAUUGUCUGGGAAGAUGUUCUGGAGAAGAAGGUGGAACCAGGUUUUGUUCCAAAUAAAGGCAGGUUACAUUGUGACCCUACAUUUGAGCUUGAAGAGAUGAUCCUAGAAUCCAGGCCGCUCCAUAAAAAGAAAAAACGACUGGCGAAGAACAAGUCCAGGGAUAACAGUAAAGACAGCUCUCAGUCAGACGACUACCUGCAGGAAUGCCUGGAUGCAAUUCAGCAAGAAUUUGUCAUUUUCAACCGCGAAAAGCUAAAGAAGACUCCAGAUAUGGGCGCUCAGUUGGGCCAAGAGUCAACCGACGAGGCGGAGGCAGAAGUUGAAGCGGACACGGAAAACGAAACAGAAAGUACCACCCUCAACAUGUGCGCUUCAGUCUGUUCUCCUGGCAGCAGCGCCAAUUAGUGGCUCUUGGGAACAAGAUCCUGAAGCUGCAGAGGUCACGAGUGCCCGGCUCGGGUUGCUUAAAUGGACGCUUAACAGAAUUUGCAAUGAAACACAUCUGCAUGACAUUAUUAAUGUCACGAAAAUAGAAGGUGCAGAUAACCGACUCUGUUUUCUUUAUAAUCCGAAUCCCUGGGGAUUAUUUCAUGCUGAACUCUUUAUAUACAUAACUAGAGAUUUUUACAGGGAUGAUCAUAGCAAACAGGAUGAAGGUUCUCAGAACCUUGGGACUGGUUACGUUAAACAUGAGAUGCCUUCUUUUUAAUAUAUUCCUCUUGCGUUCUAUUAAUGCAAGAUAUUUGUGCUUUUUCUAGUUCCUGCUCUACGGUAUCUUGUCAGACAGAGGGGGUCAAUAUUACCCAACAAACUGUAGAUACAAGUUUUGACAUACAGUAAGAUGUUUUUGAUAGGGAAUCAAACUAGUGUUUUAGGACCUGUCUUUACCUACUUCAGCACCACGGACAGCUCACCAGUCAGCAGAAUUGACUGGGUACCUUGGAUGUGGAUCACUGGUCUUUCUCACAUGGUACCCAUCACUUACAGAUGGUAGACGGCUGGAACAAUAUUCAUGAAAGGAGAUUUCCACCCAUAGAGUUAUCUAGAUAGUCCCCUGUCAGAAUGAGACCCCUGACAUUUGGGAAAAACUCAUCACCCUGGCAGAGGUCUAACCACUGCCACCAAUGAUAGGGGGUAUUUUUGAAACUCCAUUUCUCUGAGACAUUGCAUAUCUCCCAACUGUCCUGAUUUAGGUUGGACAGUCCUGAUCUGAGGCUUAUGUCCCACCUGCCUGAUCAGUACAGGUGUGUACUGCGGUGGUUAAGUUUGGAGGUAUCUCUCCUUCAUCUCUGUUCUGUAUAGACAAUGAAUGGGAGUUUUUCGCAAAGGUAUGCCCCAGUCAUGAUAUAGAGAAGCCCCCAGUGGCCAUUAACAUGCCUCAAAUCCCGAUUUACGAAUUGCAUAUGUUGUAAGAGCCUGUAAUGUGCUAAGAGCACUGAUUGGCCUAUGCUUUCCUCACAUGACAAAAUGGCUUGUGAGUCUUGUUGGGAUAUAGGCAGAGAUGUACAAGACCCAUGCAUAACUUAAAAGCAUAUUACAUAAUGUUAUUCUUGCUCAUGUCUCUGGGAAAAAUAUUUAAUUUAACAAAAAUUUUAAUUAAAUUAUUGAAACAGGUA